AUGAAGGAACAAGUUUAAAGACAAACUAGAUUUUAAUCCAAGGCUGAAUAAUGUGGAAUAUGUUAUAAUGCAAUAGAGAAUUAAGUAAGAGAUGUUUGAAGGUUUAGGGAGUUUUGGAUAGUUGUAAUCACUCAUUUUGUUCAGAAUGCAUUAAAAAAUGGUCAAAUGUAUAUAACCUUUAUCAUUUUAGAUCGAAAAUACAUGUCCACUAUGUAAAUAGAAAUUUACUUAAAUUGAAUUCAAGUGGAAGAGAGUAUGUUAUAUUUAUUUAUUCAGGUUCAUUACAAAAGUCAUAAGAUAUCAAAGCCAAAAUGUAAACAAAACAAGUAUCUGCUAUAAUAUUGUAGGAUUUAUGUUAAAGAUAAAAGUCAGUCAUAAAAAGAGGAUCAAUUUAGUGUAUUACUAGAACUUCUUAUAGAUUUCAUCCUAGCUGAUAGUAUAAAUAUAAUUAAGCUAUUAGUAAAUGAUUGA